UGUGUCUUUCUGUGUAUGUGUGUGUGUGUAUGUGUGUCUCUCUGUGUGUGUGUUGGGGGGGAGAUAAGGUCAGGUAAUUUGCAGGUGACUAUUGCUGACCAUCAGUCAAAUAUAGCAUUAACUCUGUCUGACCCUCCAGCACAACAGGUGCACCUGUCUGCAAAAUUUGGAAACCAUAUGUGUACACACACACACACACACACACACACACACACACACACAGUCACCCACAAAAAAACACAGUUUCAAUUUGUCUUGUUAAUUUUCCUUUACUUUAUUGUGUUGUAAGUCAUAAUUUAUGAGGUUAGAGAGCUAGUAUGAACAUCCCCUGUUUCUUGAUGCACCCACAUAUUAGUGUCAUAGUCAUACCUGGGUGCCUUCAUAUUCAAAAUCUAAUGCAAUGCAAUAUUUUGUUGUUCACCUAUGAGUUCAUGUUACUAGUUGUUUGUCGGUCUGUUAAAAUUACUGAUACAAUCUGUGGUAGCUCUUGGUUUUAUUUUCUGAUCAUUUUCAAGCCGGGUCAUAAUAAUGCCACGCGACAAGCAUACAACCCAGAUUACAGGCUUCUGAGAUAAAAGAAAACCCUCCAAACUGCACAUUAGGAGUUUUUUCUCUCCAGACACCUGCCAUCCAUUUGCCUAUAGCCUAUAUGAUCCAAACAUUGUUGCACUUUUGUUGUUGCACUGCAAUUUUCAGUCGUCUACAAAUAUGAGACGCUCCAAACACACGCACAAACUCUGCGCAAUUGUUCUCCAAAAAUGACAGCAACGCAAAGACAAGUCGGGGUCCAGAGCUCCCUCCUCUCUGACGGGGACUGCUUCGACAUGUGGCAUGACUACAUGAACCUCGGCAGACUGCUGGUGAAGCUGUGCGACAGGCGUGAGGGGGAUCACAGAGACACCGAGGUGCCCAAGAAAGAAGCAGCAUCCCCCUGGAACCACAUCCAAAUCUCUCGGCGGGAGCACGGCAACAAUUCCACAGAGACUAGUUCAGUCAGCAGCCUCUCGGACACCAGCUGCAACGGGACUUCCUCAGACCUCUGCCGCUUCUGUAAGCAGAACGGGGAAUCUGCAAGGGUGUACCGGUCACACAAGCUGAAAUCAGACGAUGGGAGAGUCAUCUGCCCCGUCCUCUGGAACUACAUCUGUCCCAUCUGUGACGCCACCGGGGACCACGCUCACACACGCCGGUACUGCCCGCAGGCGCAGCGGCAGGAUGCUGCGAGGAUGCUGCCAAGGUCCAGGUUCUGGUAGCUGAUAGUGGACACUGAAAGACUGAUGGCACUGAAAAUAUGUACAUAAUUAGGCUACCAAAAACAUGUUAUGGCCAUGUGUUCAUGUUUACAUAGACUGUUGUAGGUUCCCAGGUUGUACCGAAAUGUGCAGUCUGAAGUGAAAUGUUUCAUGUUUAAUGUUUUUGCAUUAAUAUGUGUUACUGUCAUUCUGCUGCAGACAGUCUGCUCUGCAUAGUUUCAUCAAGAACCUGUCCAGCGUUAAAAAAAAAAACCCAAAACAUGUUAUAAGUGUUAAAAAUUGACAUUUUGGAAACUGAAAAACUAAAAGGGGCUUUUUGUAUACAUUAUCAAAAAUAAAUAUGGGAAAUGUUA